AUGAAUUAGUAAAACAUUUUAAAUAACAAUAAAGAGAUUCUAGAGCAAUACACAAACGAGGUUUGUAAAUAAUUGCGUUCACUUGAAGUUGUCUCAACAUCAACAUCAAGAUCUAAAUAUAUGACUUUAUAUAAGUAUCAUUUAGUUUAUUAUCAAUUUAAGUUGGACCUUUGAAUUUAAAUAGGACACAGUCAUUUAAUUAAAAAUCAUAUUUGAGAAUUGGCUAUUUUCCUAUUUAUAGAAGUUAACGAUUCCAGCAUUAUUGAAUUCUUAAAAUUUUAUAGAAUCCUUCAUACAUGAAUGGGUUUUAUUAAAAAGUUUGUUAAGGUAUUUUACCAUCUUUUUUCAUAAUUAUGAAUAAUUAAUUGGUACUACUGAGCUUUUCAUUGUGGAAUUAGGUCUUUAUCAUUUUGAUAAACUUGUAUUGUCUCAUGACAUUAUUAAAUAAAGAUUUAAAUAAUCAUUUAUUGAUGUAUUAAAUUAAAUAAGAAAAACAAAUAAUUAAAAUUAGAAAUAAUAAUUAACAAUCUUUGCUAAAGUAUAAAUUUUUAUUAUUAUUUAAAGAUAUUAGAUUUAAAUAGUUUAGCUUAAAUUUCAAGAUUAGAAAUAACAAGUAAUGAUAAAGAAGUAUUAAUAAGUGUUAGAUAAAGAAUAUAAAGAAUGGCUAAUCUUAAAUAUCCUGAAUCCACUUAUGAUUCGCUUUUAUUUGAUUCAGUUUAAGAAGGAACUAAAAAAUUUUAUUCAGAAUUAUCUCAAGAAUGGAUUCAAACUGGUUCAAGCACUGAAUAUGUUUAAAAAGCUACAAGUUAAAUAGAAAUUGAAGACACAUUAAAAGAAUAAUUUUAUUCAAAGUUUACAAAAUAAAAUGAAAUUACUAAAACAUUUAUAAAUGAAUUACUUGAAUAAAAAGUUGAUUAAAUUGUAUCAAACCCUCAAGAUGGAAUGUAUCAAUAAAUGGUUUCAUUAAAAAAUAGUGAUAAUUUAUCACCAAUCUCAAAAAUUUAUUAACUAUAUAAAAAUGCAUCAAAUUAUAUUGAAAAAUUAUUAUUCGAAUUUUAAAGCUUUGUGAAAAAUUAAAUAUAAUAAAUACUUACAGAAUCUGAAGAAAAUAAUUAAGUAUAAUAAUAAAAUCCUUAACAACCAAGAUUAACUUAAUAAUAAUUGGCAAAUAGAAAUUUAUAAAUACAUUUAACUUAAAUUGAAAAUCUAUAAAAUUUUUAUGAAUAUUGUAUUAGAUUAGUUUAAAUUUGUUUUGAAGGUUCACAUCGUUUUAGAAAUAAUAUGGAAUUAGCAUUUAAAGAAAAAUUAAAUUAGGCUGAUAGAUUUAUGGAUAAAUUGUCAAUUUAUAUUCAUUUAUCUCUUAAAGAUAAAUUAAAAGAAACAAGUAAUGAAGAUGAUAGAUUAAAAUUUGAAAAAUUUAAUAAAAACAUUUUAUCCUUUAUUCAAUUAAUAAAUAGUAGAGGCAGAUUAUUUUUAAAAAUUACUGAUAAUCUUAAGAGUAGAAUUUUUAGAGGAGAAAUAAAGAAUUAAGGAUAUGAGGAAGAAUUUUUAAAAUCUUUAAGAAGAGAACAUCCUGAACAUUUACCAUCAGAUUUAUUAACAGUUUGGAAAGAUUUUAAAUAUUAUAGAAAUUUAGAUAAUGAAAUAUAAACUAAUUUGCAUAAUUAGAAAAUAUUGAUAGGAACAAAUAUACAAUUCACUAUUUUUACAAGAACAAAUUCUUUAAAAGAAUUUAGUAAUCAAAAUAGAAGAGAUUAAGUAAAACCUCCUCUAAUGAUUGAAUAAGCAAUUAAUUAAAUGGAAAGAUUUUAUUAAACAAAAUAAUAAACUGAAAAAAAAUCAUUAGUUUGGAAUUAUAAAAUAGGAUAGUCGACAAUAAAUUAUAAGUAAUUAUAAAAUAAAUUUUUAAUUUAGAUUUGGGCCAUCAGCAUAAUAAGUAGGAAAGAUUAUUGUAUCAAAUUUAUAACUCUUUAUUAUUAUUUACUUAAAGUAACAUGGAGGAAGAACAAAACCUGAAUUAUUAAAUGACACAGGUAUUAAUUAUGAAGAAGAGUUAACUUAACAAAUGGAGAAUCUAUUGGAUUCUAGAAUAAUUGUAGAGAAUCAAGGAAAAUUCUUUCUUCAAACUGAGUAAUCUAAAUUAAAAGUUUAAAUUGUUCCUAAUAGACCAUUAACUUUAUUACCUAAAAGAAUUGGAGAAAACUCAGAAGAUUAAAUAGUGUUAAAAAAAGAAAGAGAUCUUAAAAUUUAAUCAAGUAUUGUAAGAUUGAUGAAAACAAACAAAGAAAUGCUUUAUCCAUAAAUAUAUGGUGGAGUUUAAAGAGGAUUAUUAGGAUAUUACGAUUUUUCUUCACAUGAUAUUUUAGCUUAAAUUGAUGAAUUAAUCAACGCAAAUUAUAUCAAGAGGGAUGACAGAAUUAAUAAUAAGUUUCUAUACACACCUGUCUGAAAAUUAUAAUAAAAAAUAGUAUUAUAAAAGAUUUAAUUUCUAUAUCCUUUUAACUUUCUUUUUUUGCUUCUUAUUAUUCAAUUAUAUUCUUAAUAAUUCAAAUUCUUUAGCUCAAUAUUCAUUGAUUAUAAAUAUUUAUAAAAUACUAAUAUUAUCAAUUAUCUAUUUUUUUAAUUAAUAUUGUUUUUAAUUUUAGUGUU